AUGCAGAGAGAAAGAGAGGUAAAGGAGAGUAAACUAAAGGAGGAGAAGGAGAGGAGAGAAGAGCUUGAUAAAAAUAUGCAGGAUUCUCUGAAGAAGAUGGAGGGAGAGAUUCAGCAGCAUGAAGGAGAAAUUAGGCAUUUAAAUGAGAGAACAACAGAACUGGAGAGGAGGAUGAAAGAAGAGAGGGAUGAGCAAAAGAGGAGAGAGAUGGAGAGCGAGUUAAAGAGAGAAACAGCCCUCAGAGAGGAGAUGGAGGGAAAGCUGAAUAGAGUGAAAGAAAAGAGAGAACGAGAGAGGAGAGAGAUGGAGAAAAGACACAGAGAGGAGAUGGAGGAGAUGAGAGAGAGCUUUGAGAGAGAGGCCAAGGUUGAAGCAGAGACAAACCUCAUGAAGAUCAUCCUGCCUCAACUACAGAGAAACAUCAGCAUCACCAAGGAGAAGAUGGAGGGAGAGUUCAACAGAAGGAUGGAGGAGAAAAAACGAGUAAUAGAGAAACUGAGACAGCGUCUGAAUGAGAGAGAGUCCGAAAUAGAGGAUGAGAGGGAGAGAAACAGAGAGAUGGAGAGACUGAGGCAGCAGCUGGAAGAGAGAGAGUCAGCGUGGGAGAAUGAGAGGGAAGCCAUCCAGAGACUCAGUACAGACCUGCUCACAGCAGCCACUCCUGAACACAUCAGCCAAUCAGGGCACUGA